CGAAAUACACUACUGUAUUGUAACAUUCAUUAGGCUGGAAGGGUUUACAGGUGACUUAUAAAUACACGAAAUGCAUCACAGUGGAGCUGACCCAAAAGUAUUUGAAAGAUAAUUACGAAUGUUUAGUAAAAGGGGCUCCAAUGACGAACCUCGCCACCUCCUCCUGAGCCCCCCAAUCAAACCCCUUCUGCGCUCUCGUCGACAGGCUGUCGGACGCGGUGGAAGUCGCUGCCACACUUGCCGUUCAUCGACCGAAAAGACAAGACUUUAAGGAGGAUGACAGGCGAUCAUAAUACGUUGGGCCUACCCAGGCCUCCAGGAGGUCCGCAUUGCCCAGAGGAUGCUUUGGGUCUUGCUCUAGAGCCCGUGUGUGGCAACAGCACCCCAAGACACCACAUUCUCCACUCAUCCCACGGGGACGGUGAGAGCUGGCAGAAGCAUCGGCUCGGACCGGCUGGCGGUUCGAGCUGGUGUUCUGGUUCCCCUUCUCUCCUUGAGCCCUACAGUCUCUCGAGCAGCCGCGACACCCUGUACCUCUCCCACGUGCCGGGCCACAUUUCGUCUCCGCACCAAAACAGAGCUGGCCUGACCCUGGAUGUGACCUCAUCUUUUGACGUUGGAGGUAGCUUGCUGGUGAUUGAUGGAGAUUUGCCCAUUAGCCCCAAUGUGAUCAAGAGACGUCGGGGCGGCAUCAUCGAGCAGAAGGACAUAGUGAAGGCUCACCAGGCCCAUAAGAUCCACAGCACUCCACAGGCACGUCGCAAGGAAUGGGAAAUGGCCCGCUUCGGUGACGACGUUCCGGUCUUGUUGAGCACCGGCGACGGCGGCUCGGAGCGCAACAGGAGCCGCGAUGGGGCGACCGCGUCCACAGGUGGCGUGUCCCCCGCAGCCUUCAAGAUGACCAAAGCGCAGCGUGCCCGCGCCAUGGCCUUGUACAACCGAAUCCCCGUCCGGGAGAACUGCUUCACCGUCAACAGGUCUCUCUUCAUCUUUGGGGAGGACAACGAGGUCCGCAAGUACGCCAAGAAAAUCACUGAGUGGCCAUAUCCUUUUAUGCUGCUUUUAAAGCGCGACAAAUAUCCGAACAAAAUCAUUGACUACUACAAACUGGUCCAAGAGACAACACAAACCAUGCGCGAGAUUCAGCACCGGUAUUGCACAGACACUUGGUACCCACACGCACACUCUGAUGGGAUCCACUUUGACCCAAAGUGACCAGGCUUGUCAAACAUAUUAAUGCGCAUUUUUAGCGCGAUAUAUCGAACAAUAUGUUAACUGCUGUAUUAAAUAACUGAUUAAAAGUGUGGACAAGAGAUGACGCAAAGCAACGCGUAAAAUUCAGCACCAUGGAUAGCGUGGACGAUCGAUCACACCGGCCACUUUAUUAGGUACCUUACACGCUGUGGUGGAAUCCACUAUUGGAACCAAACAGACUUCUUAAACAUAAUGAUGCUCACUUUUAGAGAUGUAGCCUGCACUAAUAUAAGAAUACUCACUGUGGUUGUAUGAUUGCGGCGGUGUAGGUCGUAUUAGUUGAGGAAGUGAACUUAAGGAGUUUACAUACACAAUGACAUAAUCACAAUGUGCCAUAUGAAAAAAACUUAAAUAUAUUGCGGAUGGUGUUCUGUUACCAUUGAUCUAUUUUUUAUUUUAGCUACGCUCACCAUAGUGGGUGAGCUGGAGCUUAUCCCAGCUGAUUUUAGGGUAGAGAUGGGGAACUGCCUAGACUGGUUACGCCACAUUGAGUCACUCACACCAUUUGUUUGACAGUUUUUUGUUUUUUUGUGGGCUUGGGACUGGCAUUGGCUGGGAAAUGAAUCUUUUUCUCUUUUUUGCAAGCAAACCAGGAAAUUUGCAACUCUUGACCUAUAAAAAUGCACGAUUUUUGUUUGUGUUUUUUUUAACCUAAAAUCACACCAAAUUAUAGAUUCCCCUUUGCCAACAUGGUAUAUUGACGUGCCAUGUUUUUCUGUUUCUAAGAUAUGGAAUUAUGUAAAGUCAAUGUUUAUGUCUCCACGCUUCCUCCUCCACCCUCACAAAAGUCAGCGGGAAUAGGCUUCAGCCCACCCAAGGAUUUUACAUUUAUAGGAAGAACUUCUUCACCACUAAAAUAUGAAGUGACUUUCAAACCCACAUACGAUCAGAAGUUUAUUCUAGUGUCAGAAGAUCUCUCAAUGACUUUAUUGUAAAACACGUGUUUUAGGCUGGUCGAAUUACACUGCAUCAUUGUCGUAAAAAUGUGUUCACGUUAUUUAGUAAUUGAACGUGAGGGAGCAAAAUACUCUGAAAUAGUACGAACAAAUCUCCACUGGUCAGUUCUUCACCACUGCAAAUACAACCCACAAGAAUUACUUCCGGGAUUAGGAAAGCAUCUAUUUGUCGGUCUGUCUCGGUCUGUCUCUCUACGAUAUCUAUCAAGCUGAUGUAUUUGUGUACAUUAGCAGGCUUCUUCCUCUUUCCAAUGGUCAAAUGGGUGGUGCCAUUCUGAUUCUGCUGGGUGGAUGCUUCCAUUGUGUGCAUAGUGACUCAGUGAAACUAAAUCCUUCACAGCUCUACAGCGCUUGCUUUACGAGUUAUAUACAAUACCUCAAACACACAGCCACUCCUUUGGAGAGCAAAGUAUUAUUACAUUUUAUAUUGGUGUGUAUUUAUUACUUUUUACUACCCUUGAAGCAACAUUAUUAUUCCAUCUGUGAUCACAUGCUAAUGGGGAUUGGUGUGCGUCGCGUGUGUGUGUUUCUGGUGCAGCUCGCCAGGUGUCCGGGCCAGGUGUGGCCUUUUGUCCGCUAUUGUUAUGCUCAAAACAGCAGCCUUGUGUAUAACUGAAUGGCCCACUACUGGCUUAAAAAAAAAGCAUUCUGUUGUGAACUGUCAUCCAUUGUUGUUUCUUCUGAAUUUCCCCUUUCAUCGGCAUGUUUAAAAACAGAGUUCAAAUGUAUAUUAAUCAACAGGCAAUGAGGAAAGUGAUUUUGAAUUUAACUCGUUUGUUUUAUCAACCAAUGAAAGUAUUUGUGCCAUCCUCACGAUACAAUUUCGCUUUAAAUCAAAGUGUUGUAUACGCUGUAGUGACAGACAAGCAGACUGACCAACGUGCGGGUUCAUGUGCUACCCGGGAGGGAGUGUCCUGUUUCAUCUAAUGAGCUUUCCUGUGCACCAUGAACAGAUCCUAAGAAGAAUUAUAUGGAACGAUAUCUGAUCGCUGUGCCAUAUACCAUUGAGAAGUCGUCACUCACUAUAUUAUACGGUUAGCUAAUAGAUUUCAAAUACAUUGCUUGCUUACUUACUCUACUGCUUUCCUUACACUCUUCUACACCCUUGGAGAGGCUACACCUCCUUUUGCGUUACAGUAAUUAGCAAAAUCCAAAGAAGAAGGAGCGCACCUUUUUGCUCCCAAUUUACUGAAGCUCCAUCUUUGCUACACAUGAGACUCAGAUCGCCCUCGAGAGCAAUGAUGAUGGCCAAUAUUGGCUUGGUGAUAAUAUACGGACCCCUACGGGAUCGACGCAUGUUAGCGUUGGUCCAAAGUUAAAUAGUGUUCCUUGAAAUGAAUGAGUGACAUCUUCCGAUCUUUUUUUUUUUCUCGAUUAGGAGUGAACAUAAUUUCAUGGCUUGUUUUAUUCAGCAUAAUAAGGCAUAUGAGAACAGAUCUGUCUGUGGGCAAGGACUGAUUCAUGGCGGCUUAUCUGUCUGAUGUUGGUGGUAAUGCUGAGAGGAAGUAGCUCUAACCAAACACCCGGGAUGAAUUUAGCAUUGAAGACUGAGUGAAAACUGACAGCUGCUCCUCCUUUUUGAUCCCCCCUGGGUCUCCCUCAAGUAGGAAGUACCCCAUUGAGAGGCUUCACCUUAAAAUCAUUGAUACUUGUCAUUAUUCAUCGCAUUAUUUUCCACAAAUGUAAGCAUAUAGGUUUGCUGUUUUAUGAUGUUCAGUGUGACAAAUUAGUCCAUUUUUGUUUAUUGAAGCGCAGAGUUAACUUAAUGUAUUCUCAUGUGAAUAUACAGAAUAGUGUGAAAUACUACAAAAUUUGAUGAAAUGUCUCAUACGCCCCCCCCCCCGCCCACACAAAAGAGUUGAAUCCUGUCAUAUCACAUCCCAUAAACACCGCAGACAUAUUGUGCUUUGUCUAUAUUUUGAUAUAAAGUCAUUGCAGAAAAGGUUUUAAGGUCUAGCUAAUGUUAUAAUCAUUCAAUUUCAUCCAAAACAUAACAACUAAAAAUUUUUGGACUACACUCAAAACAAAGACAAACAAAUCUCUAGUAAUCUUCUUUCUGCACACAAUUAAGUGUUAGCAUUGAAGUAUCACAAGGCCAUUUAACGACAGUAAUCCGCUUCCCUUAAAGUUAACAAAUAGGAUUGUUUUCCAAACCAAGAAACUGAUUUUCCCAUUUCACACAUAACCCUACAGCUGCCGCUUUCCCUGAGCGAUAAAGUUGCCGGAUGAAAGAGAACGAGACAGCAAAAACUAGGCUGAUUUGAAUCACUUUCUGUUUUUAUUCUUCUUCUGUCAAUUUUAGUGUUUCCCAAAAAAUGUGCCGCCAUCUAGUGGUGAACCAUGGAAGUACUGUGCCUCUUUCUCUUUCAUGAGUCGGUCUCAUCGUCUAUUAUUGGGGAGACAAUGACAUCCAAAGUGUGUUUCCUAAAUCCAGUAAAUUCUGUAAAUUUGCUCUAUUUCCAUUUUUCCUAUGACCAAAAUCUAAAUUUGUCCAUCUAUAACAGAGCAAAUUAAAGUUAGAUCUUCCUGUUACUCUAAAGAUGUUUCCCCUUUUUUUUUUUAUUGGCGAGAAUUUACGGAAGGGUUGACUUUGACUUACAGAGCUGUCUGACUGAUGGGUGACGGCAUUUAUCUUCCAAAUUGAUUCUCAGAAGCAACCCGCUGAUGUGUGAAGGUGAUGCGCCGGAGGGGGAUGACUGUGUCAAAUAUAGUUAAUGCUACAUCGUUUAAGUUGCAAUCAUUCUUAAUGUCACGCUCUUUUUCAAUAGCUCAGCCUCACUAUCAUUAGCUGAAAGUUGUUGUCCGCCUCUUUACAUUUCCAUUGUUUCCACUCCGCGUGGCUCAGAAGCCAUCAAUUCCCUCUCUACUUUCACCUUAAGAAUCUCCGUGUGUGGAUGCCAGCUGGAGCUUUGGCAUAUUGACGGUUGCACCCGUCAUCGCGGCCCGUCUCUGCGGCCCGUCCCUGUGUCUAUUUUUACAUGCGUGUUUUGAGGAAUUGUUGCACUGCGCGUUCAUCAGUGUGACUCACACAAUCACUCAUGAGCCGGGCGACUGAUGAAUCUGCACAAGAUGUGAGACCGCAGCACUCAGGGAAGAAUGGAGUGUUUCAUUGUUGAGUUUCUUAAACUUCAACGCACUGUAAAUGUUUUUCUAAUCUCGGCACAAUGUAAAACGUUUAGGUUUACAAAGGAAACAUGCAUUUUGUUUUCACAAUUUAAAACAGUUUCUCACAAACAAAUCGAGGCUAUCGUCAAAAUACUGUAGUACACAUUACACCCCAUAUUUUUUAGUCUGGCUGAAAUGUGUGUGUACCUUCUGAUUGAAAUGAGCCAGUUGUCAUUUUGGCUCAUCUCUUGCUGGACCACUAAUGAUAACAGAUUUCGUU